AGUUAUUAAAAAAUUGAUUACAUUUUGUGAUACAAUUUCCAUGUACAUAAGCAAGCAUUUUUCUAUUUCAAUAGUAUAUCAGUACAAGUGUUGAAAGAAAGUACAUUCAAAAAGAAACUAAACAUGGACUAUCCAGGAAAAUUUUUAACAGCGUUUGGUUUGAUUCUGUUAUUGCUCGUUGGAAAAAUUUCAAUUUUUGAUGAAGACAAUGUAGAAGAGAGUUGGGAAGAAGAAACAAAAAUCAAGCCAUUCACGUUUGAAAAUGAUAUUUGUUCCCUUUAUGAUAAGUCUAAAUUAAUUGAUUAUAUGCUUUUCGAAAGAAAGUACAAGCCGUUGGUAGUAAUAAUAGCAGAUCAAUUUAUUGACGGUAUAAACAGAGUUAGAAAUUUAAGUGGCAACAAAAGAGUAUUAAAUGAUUAUGGGAUCAAGAACAUCCCUUAUUACAGUCAGUUUUAUCAAAUUAUAUUGAAAAAUAUUUAUCUAUUUGAAGUCAACGAUACAUAUUAUUUUAUUUAUCCAGUAGACUUUCAAGACCAUUUAUUGACCAUAUAUUCCCAAAAGAAGUUACUAAAGGACAAUUUAGGCAUAACCUUUGAUUUUGUUAAUGUAAAGAAAGAGUCUCCAUUCUAUGAAGAUAUUUUAAUUCCAUUGGAACCAAGCUGCACCAAUUGCCCUCUUGUAAAUUAUGUAAACGAAAAAAUACGUAAAGACGAGAGCUUCUCAGAAUUAUUCGAGUUACGUAAACAAUUAUUCAGAGAACAAGAAACAAAAAACUUAUCUUUUAAUGCAUUCGAUAAUGACAACAUAUGUUCUUCGAUAGGAUUCAACUUAAAUUCUCAAGGCGCGAAUACUUAUAUGCGUUUUAACUCAUUACUAAAACAAAUUCAGAACAAUAGCAAGAGUAUGGAAAAAAGUAAAAAAAGAAGUAUUGUAGAAAGAAGCUUAAUUUGCUUUCAGUCUAGAAAUUUGGAAGUAACAGAAUAUCAAUUGUUGGGUUAUGUUAGUGAUGUAAAAGAUGUUAUGAUUAUGAUUGAUUACUUAAACUGGAUUGACAGAACUAUAUUGUCAUUGAAAAUCAAUGAUACUUCAUUUGGAGGUCUUUGUGAAAAUGAACACAAAAUAGAAAUACUUAAAUUAUUUUGUUUUGUGAAAGAAAUGUCAGAUGUUACAUCUCGCAACAUAACAGGGUGGACAGAAGCCCUAGACGAACUUGUUGCAAUGCCAUUGAUAAGCAAACUAAGUUGGUUUCAUAGCUUAAUGAUUUAUUAUAAUUAUGAUUAUACAUUUGAAAAAAGUCGAAUAUCCUCCGAACUCUUUUAUCUUAAACAGGAAAUGCUAAAUGUCAGUGAAAAUUGGAAAGAUGUAAUGAAUAUUACCUAUGAGAAAAUAGGGAGUUCUUUGAGUGUAAAUACUUAUCAUUACUAUGACCUUAUGUACUUUUCAAUCUGCAAUUUUUACAAUUAUUGGGAAAUAGUUGAUAAUCUUCUUCUUGAGGUGAAAUUCAAAAGAUUAGUGAUAAUCAUAGUAGAUGACAUGAAACAAGGGAUCAGAAUUGCUAAACAAAUAAGAGGUAACAGAGUAGUACCGAAAGUUAUGCGAGAAGAUCUUCAUUUUACAGAACAGUUUUUGUACGACAUAAUAAUGAAACAUAUUUAUUUGGUUCAAUCCAAUGAUACUCACUAUUAUGUCUACCCAACGAACGACGACAGACAAAAAAACCCACUGAUUGGCUAUUUCGAAUACAAAAUGAUUAAAGAUUAUUCAAAUGUUGUAUUUUAUUUUGUAAACUUUGCGAAUUAUUUUUCUUCAUAUGAACAAAUUGGUCACGAUUACAAUGAUUUAGUAAUUCCUGCGCUACCAGAUUAUUCUAACAUAACUUUAGGGAACUAUAAGACGCGCUAUAUAAGUCCCUCUUAUUUAAUUAAAGUUCAUCAAGAUUUUUUUAACCGCUUUUCUAAAUAUUUUUUAUUAUAUACUUCCUUUUACAAUAAAUUGCCAGAGUUUGUUAAUAAUUACGAUUCACAUAAUAAAGUCCAUGGUUCCAUUGGUUGCUUUCAGAACUUUUAUAUUCUUUUGAAAGAACAAAAUCAUUUUUAUGACACAAACUAUUUAUUUAGAGGUUUGCCGUGCCUAUCAUUUUGGGAAUUAAAUAACAGAAUUGACAUUGAUUUUAGUAUAUCCAAAUAUGGCGAUGUUUUUAAAUUUUAUAGUUUGUUAUUUUAUGCUCAUAGAAAUUUAACCUCAAUAAAUAACAGAGACAAUACGAAUUUAUAUUCUCUUUGUAGUAAUAAGAAUGUUUUGAAAUUUCUUAAAUUAUUUUGCUUUUUAAAAAUAAAUUAUAUUGAAGGCAUGCUAAAAGUUAUUAAUCAGAAAUCUUAUGUAAUUGACUAUAUGAAAAGUAUUGUUGAAGCAGAGAAAAAUGUUAUUCUCAAAAAUUUGUUAAAAACUCAGGGUUGGAUAGAAAAAUUAUUAUCAAAGAAUUACAUUGAUUAUCAGUAUAAUGAAACUCGAAUAUUUAAAGAAUCAGAUGCUCUUUACACCGAAAUAUCAGAAAUUACCUCAAAUGGUGUUAAUUUGUAUAACAAAAUUUAUUCGAUUAUGAAAAACUACAGGAUCUCUCUAAAAUGUAAGGAAUCAAUUUAAUUUGAAUUAUAUUAAAAUUAACCUUAAAUGUUAAUGAUUUUAUAAAAAAAAUCUAUUUAAUAAUAAGAGAAAAUAAGAUUCUUUUUUAAAAUUAUUGAAAUAGUAAU